AUGUUCUGCAAGAUUAAUAAGGUGAUCGACAUCGGUACACUACUAAAACGGCAUGAACUUGCAGAUGCUGGACAACUAUCCGAGGAUGAGGAUGACAUAGCCCAUCGAGAGAAUCAGCUAGCGGAACUGUUUGGCUACGGAAAAACACGGGAUAGAUUCCAGCGGAACUACAAGCGCUUGCUUGAACUCGCACUUGGAUUGAAAGCUCGCUCGGAUGAUUCGACGCGUCUGAAGAUCCAGAUUGGUAAAUAUGUUGCUCUGGAUCCAGCGAAAAAGCUUCACCCUCGAACGGGGCCUUCUACUGCUUUAGGCAGCCAAUCACGCGGGGCACGACCCUGCAACGCUGUGUUGCACGACAUGACCACCGUUGAAGCUGCACAUAUAGCGUACGGCCGUGUACAGACGGAGGAAGAUGGUGACUUCAAGUAUCGCGAUUUCUACCGUAACAUUGUCGAGCUUAUAGAAGACUUGCUUGACGAUGAUAGGGAACAAAUAUUCAAAGAGUGGAAUAUGAAACUGUUCAACAAUGACGACGGGCGUGAUGUGGCAAGAGACGAUGCUGAAGACUCUGCACUCUCCAGUACUCGCGAGGGUGGCAGUGACUUGGCUCGCCUGCGCGCACAAAUGGCAGCCCGCAACGCUGCAGCCAAGACCGACACUACAGACUUGGAACGUCCAGCUGCACCUCCUACAGUAGCUCAUCCACCAUCUGCUCCAAGGACACCUCCGCCAUCUUCGCCAGCUUGCAUCUUAUCAACCCCACGUCCAGUUCCACGUCCUGCAAAGACACCAGACUCGCCAGCACCUCUUCCACGGACACCAUUGGCAUCUUCAUCAGCGCGCAACAUUCCACUACCUUCACGGCCAGCAUCUUCACCAGCCAAGACUGUGUCGCGAGUACCAGCCAAAACCGUGUCGGACUCGCAAGCCAAUGGCGGUGCAUCUGGCAGCGAGCUAACAGAAUCUGUUGAGACUUCGGACGAUGAGCCGCCGCUACUCAAAACUUGGAGCCAUCCCACUCUCCUGUCUCCCAUCAAAGACACCAUUGUGGUCUUCCAGCCAAACGAAUUUAUUUAUAACGUGGAUAUUUUGCAUGCUGGACGGGAGCAGGACGACAACAAUGACAACCCGGUAGUCGAUGAUAAUGUCGAUGAGGACGAGCAACCCAAUAACAUGCCUUUCAAUGUAUCCGAAUUUCCUCGGCAGCUGGCAGCUUACCCAGCACUGAAUGCGCCCAGUACUGCCCUGACUCAGCGUCAUGCAUUGAUGAUCGUUAUGUUCAUCGCCCAUGCAUUUACUGAGAUGCUCCUCCAAGACAUCCACUGCCGAGAGCGCUAUCCGGUCCCUCUCACUCGUGCCGCUGUCAAGGAAUCGACAGAUAUUCUGGGGAGGGUCGAUGAAAAUCACCGGCGUAUCAUUCUGCGACUGGAAGACUUCAAGCGACUCAGUCAUAUCUUGAACACCGGCUGGGACGACUGGGUAGCGCAGGCGCCUCCAUCGUGGAAGGAGGAUAAUUUUCUGACCAACAAUGCGCCCGUGGGUGUCACUAUCCGAUAUGGACAGAACCAGCCCCUCCUUGUCCAUGGAGCCCUCGAUGAUGAGCGCAGAAAUUGGGACAAUGAUCGCAAUUACACUCAUAUUCGGCAGUUUACCUUCUCUUUGGCGACUCAUAUAAGCUAUCUCGAUGUCAGGGAAUGGCGCGAAGUUCCAAAUUUUCAAAAUGGAGGUGGUAUCAUCUACGAUAAAUCCAACGACGAUCCCAUGCGGACUGAGGUUAAUCUGGAGGACCUUCCUUUACUUGACGGGGAUGGGUACGAGAUCAAUGUUUAUAACGAGCAGGGAUUCAGGGUCCCUCGGCGCGCUCCAGUGCAAUUCUCUAUCUGCGGGGCACUACUUAACCUUCAUUCCGUUCAUGAACUCUUCCGCUCUGACGAUGAUAAUACUCGCAAUAAGGCUCACUUUGACAACUCCCUACGUGGAGGAUCUGGUUCCAAUCGUGCAUGCUGCAAACCUGGAACACAAAUUCUGUUGAGGCGUAGCGUUACCAUGAUGGAGGCAAAUUACGUCGAGGAGAUGAAGUUGGCAAGGCGGAAGUCGAUUGUCGGGAUUGUCAACAUCACUGAAAUUCACUUAGCACGAUAUGACAAUACUGUAGAGGACGUCCGGAGGGUGGGAAGGUUGGUCGCGGUCGUGUGA